UUUUAGAAUAAGGCUGUACUGUAACAAAAUGUGGAAAAGGGGAAGCGGUCUGAAUACUCUCAGGUUGGUGUUCAUGGAUGUUAAUCUCCGGUGGUAUUCCCAGGUGUCAGACAUGACCCUGCCCUGCCUUGCCAGUAGGAGGGACUUGAUGCUUGGUACCAACUUCUGCUCUGUUCGUUUUCCCUUCAAGUGCCAGGGCCCUACACCUUCUUGCUACGACGAGUCCGACCACCGAGAACUUGGAGUCCGGUAACGUUACAAGCGUACAGACACGGCCGUGGAACCUAGAAUACACUACACGGCGGUUAAAAUAUGAAAAGAGAAGGCUUUCAUAUCUUUAUCGUAUAUUAAGUUUUAUUUAUUUUCCUCAUCGGGGGUCUUGGAAAACGGGAGACCAUAAGUACACUACAGAAGCGAGCAUAUAGCAGCGAUACCUUCCUUCACACGCAUGGUCAGGCACUCCGGUGCGGCGUCCGCGCACGGUCACAUAGCCUCCAUAUACACCCUCACAGACACACAACUAGAACCAAAACAGUCAUUUCUACAAUUCUACUCCAGCCCACAAACGAAGACUUAUUUUUGGAUAAACACCCUUUUCUGGACCGAGUCAUGGAUGUGUGGUCGUACUGGAGCAGGAUAUGCUGUCGGAGGGUGUUGUUUCUGUUCUGUGUGUUCCAGGAAUAUCUCAGCUCGAUGCUGGACUGCCCGCCAACCUGCAGCUGCUCGCUCACCGAGAUAUAUUGUAAUAAAUCCGACACCGGGAAAUUCUUCCCUGUGGUGGCGCUCCAAGACACCGGGAGCUCAGGCAACAGCAGUGUGGAUAUAGCCGAGCUUUUCAACAAUAUCUCGUCCAUACACAUAGAGAACUGGACAGGACUGCAGACUCUGAGAGACGUGGACAUGGAGCUGUACACUGGGCUACAGAGGCUAAUCAUUAUAAACUGCAGUCUGCACUCUAUCCAGGCCCGGGCUUUCUCCCAGAACCCUCAUCUACGAUACAUAAACCUAUCCAAGAACCCUCUAACCACCUUGUCCUGGCAACUGUUCCAGAACCUGCAACUUUCCGAGCUGAGGCUGGACGGUGUGGUGUUUGACUGUGGUUGCGACGUGCGUUGGAUCCAGCUUUGGCAGCAGAGAGGAGAGGCGGGGCUUCACACCCAGAUGCUGUUCUGCAGAAACGGGGCCUUUAAGAUACGAUUGCAAAACAUGUACAUUACCUUAUGUGACGUACCAGAGAUCAGUGUAAGCCACAACAGUAGCCUGAUGAUGAUAGAGGGUGAUAAUGUAACGGUCAGCUGUAAUGGGUCAGGAGCUCCCCUCCCCGAAGUCGACUGGACCGUCGCUGGACUACACUCCAUCAACACACACCUGUCUAAUGUCUACUGGCCCAACAUCCAUUCUAUUAACCUGACGCUAGUCAACGUAAGUCGAGACGACAACGGCUUCCUGCUCACCUGCAUAGCAGAGAACCUAGUGGGAAUGACCAACGCUUCCAUCCAGCUGACUGUACAGUUUCCACCGGUCAUCCUGAAACUGUCCGAGCCUGAGCGGCGUCAUGACACCUGCAUAGAGUUCACAGUGAGAGGCUAUCCCUACCCGACGCUGCGAUGGUACCACAAACAGAGGGAGAUCCUGCAGAGUGAGUACAUCAGAACAGAGAUGGAUUUCUACCGGGACUAUCUGGAGGGAUGUCUGACUUUUAUCAACCCAACACACUACGAUAACGGAAACUACACGCUGCAGGCCUCCAACUCCCUGGGGACCAUCACCAAGACGGUCUACGGACACUUCCUCACGGCUCCUCCCUUUGACCCUGACCCUGACGGUAGCCCAGUGCCAUCAGACAAUAACAUCAAGCCGGAAGAGGAGACGUUUGGGGUGUCGAUAGCAGUAGGUCUGGCUGGUUUCACCAGUGUUCUCCUCAUCGUCCUCUUCAUUCUCAUCAACAAAUAUGGCCGACGCAACAAGUUUGGAUUGAAGGGGCCGGUGGCGGCGAUCAGUGGUGAGGAAGACUCUGCCAGUCCUCUUCAUCACGUCAACCAUGGCAUCAUCACACCCUGUACCCUCAACGGCGAGGCUGACGAGGUGGUUAUAGGAAUGACCCAUAUACCUGUUAUAGAGAAACCACAGUACUUCAGACACGGACACGACUGCAACACACCCACCACCUACGUACAGCACAUUAAGCGCAGGGACAUCCUCCUGAAGAGGGAGCUGGGAGAGGGGGCGUUCGGAAAGGUCUUCCUGGCUGAGUGCUACAACCUGAUCCCCACCAAGGAUACCAUGCUGGUGGCUGUCAAGACCCUGAAACCAACAGCGUGUCCCUUUGGUUCCCAGAGCCUGAAGGACCCCAACCUGUCAGCCAGAAAAGACUUCCAGAGAGAAGCUGAGCUGCUCACCAACCUCCAGCACGACCACAUUGUUAAGUUCUAUGGGGUCUGUGUGGAUGGAGAUCCCCUCAUCAUGGUGUUUGAGUACAUGAAGCAUGGGGACCUCAACAAGUUCCUCAGAGUCCAUGGUCCAGAUGCUAUGAUCCUUGUGGAUGGCCAUCCCGUUCAAACUGACGGAGAGCUGGGUCUGUCCCAGAUGUUACACAUCGCUACCCAGAUCUCAGCCGGCAUUGUGUACCUGACCUCCCAGCACUUUGUCCACAGAGACCUGGCCACCAGGAACUGUCUAGUGGGCAACGGGCUGCUUGUGAAGAUAGGAGACUUCGGGAUGUCCAGAGACAUCUACAGCACAGACUACUACAGGGUCGGAGGUCACACCAUGUUGCCGAUCCGCUGGAUGCCCCCUGAGAGCAUCAUGUACAGAAAGUUCACAACAGAAAGUGACGUUUGGAGCUUUGGAGUCAUCCUCUGGGAGAUCUUCACCUACGGGAAGCAGCCGUGGUUUCAGCUGGCCAACAACGAGGUCAUAGAGUGUUUAGUACAGGGUCAGGUCCUGGACAGGCCAAGGGGUUGUCCCAAGGAGGUGUAUGACCUGAUGCUGGGCUGCUGGCAGAGGGAACCACAGCAGAGGUUGAACAUCAAGGACAUUCAGAAGGUCCUCUAUACCAUGGGGAAAGACACACCUGUCUACCUGGAUAUACUCGGCUAGCACCAGUUCUACCUGGACGGAGUAGGGAGUUGAUCCUAGACACUCACCUUGGAUCAGUUUUGCAUUUCUCUAACCAAUGGUUAAGGUUAAGAUUGGGGAGGGGAAGCUGAUCCUAGAUCUGUACCUUAGGGGAAACUUUACCCUGGAGCUUGCCUGGAUGUGUUGGGCUAAGAUCGUCUGGAUGUAAUGCUUGUUGGACAGACAGACUGAUAGACAACCAGGAAAUAACCAGCCAGCCUGUUCCUUACUGUUCCGCUGUCAACAGGAGCCUAAACGUUUGGGAAGGACUCAAAGUGCCUGAUCCACUAUUUCCAUAUACUGGAUAAAAGUAUCAACAAAACAAACGUUUAGAUUUUGUUUCCUGAUACAGAGUACACACCUGGUCAAUCUGUCAUGGAAAGGUGUUCCUAAUGAUCUGUCCACUCAGUGUAUAUUCAGUGCGUUCGGAAAGUAUUCAGGACCCUUGACUUUUUCCACAUUUUGCUACGUUACAGCCUU